AUGGAUUUACCUCGGGUGUCGGAGGUCUUGUAUGUGGGUCUGUGUCGUGAAAUAGGAACACCGACAGAAGUGACCAUGAGAAGAGAUAUUUUGGACAUGGAGGAGAUGAUAAACAAACCUGUACAGAUGCAUCGAGGAUAUAUAUCGAUGAAGAGUGAAAACAAUAUGUUUAAGCAUAAAGUAGUCGGGGCUUCUCGCGAAGCGUUACUAUCGCAGCUUCAUGACUAUUAUGAGAUGAAAGAGCGAUGCCUGUUGCUUAGUCCUACCCUAAGUUCCAUCCUAGAACCAGCACUUGGUCCUGUAUCCCAGUUACUAUUUUUGGCAGCGUACUACUACAGAACAGGUCGAUUUAAGGAUGUUCUUACUGUUACAGGGGUUUGCCAGAAACGAUUUUCUGAACCCUUUGUCAUGUUUGAUGACUAUGUUGAUAUGGAGAGAUAUGGCGAAUGCAUAGAGAGACAAUACAUUAUUUUUGUAAUAUUUCAUCCAUCUUCGUCAACUGCCGGGGAUUCUCCUGUACGUCGUGGUAGAGGGAGAUCUAGGUCUGUUAGAGGGAGAUCUAGAUCUACCAGUGGACGCGGUCGGGGACGGGGUAGGAUAUUGCGAGGUGGGGCGAGAGGAACAGAGAGGCAGGAAGACAGGCGGGAUUUCAUUGCCCUUAGGCAGACACAAAACAGAGAAGAAGUCGCAAAGAGACAUGUUCAAAAUAUGACGUUGGAACAAUGUCAAAACAUGCUGGUUCAAAUAGCUUCUAGAUCCGCCAGCUUCAUAUUAGACAUUUUGGAGCAAUCAAACCCCAUGCCUGACACACCACAGCCACCUCGACCUGGAGUUCCCUCUUGGUGCACUUGCACCAGGUGCAGAGAUAUGCCAACAGAGGAGGAAAAGGUCUGCUGCAGGAAGACUCCAGAAAACUGCACAACUCUCUUGCCUGAUUUUUAUGUGUUGUGCUUGGACGAAGCUGUUCUCGCCUUGGCCAGACUAUACAGGGAAGACGUGUUAGCUCUCCCUGCUGAUGAGAAAUACAAUAGGGCCAACAGGCAUGCUGCCUACAGACAAUUCAUCUUGUGGACCUAUGGAAAGCUUGGAGCAGGGCAGAGGAAGGUCAUUCCAAGGUGUGUGGUGUGGAAAAUUAGGGACAAAUACCCAGAGCCUUCUGGACAAUACGUCGGAUUUCAUCCUGGGAGACUUGCAUAA